AUGGAGCCAAAAAUACCAAAUCUGAAGUUAAAUGAUGGGAAUGUGAUGCCUAUCAUAGGUUUGGGUACUUUUAAAGCGGAUAAUAUCUGUGAAGUGAUUGCAUCGGCCAUUGAUUGCGGUUAUCGUCACUUCGAUUGCGCAGACAUUUAUGGCAACGAAGAACAGGUGGGAAAAGCCAUCAAAGCGGCCAUAAGUGAAGGCAAAGUCAAACGCGAAGAACUAUUUGUUGUGUCAAAAGUGUGGUGCACUUGGAUGGGAAAGGGUAGGCCUACUCUCAGUGCUAAGCGAACCAUCAAAGCGGCCAUAAGUGAAGGCAAAGUCAAACGCGAAGAACUAUUUGUUGUGUCAAAAGUGUGGUGCACUUGGAUGGGAAAGGGUAGGCCUACUCUUAGUGCUAAGCGAAGUAUUCAAAGGCUUGGUUUGAAUUAUUUGGAUCUAUUGCUCAUUCAUUGGCCGACGCCUUACAAACAACAGGACGCCGACGAAUAUCCGCUCGACUCCAAGGGACAGAUCAUUAUGGAUGAGACCAUCGAUUUGAAGACAUCGACCAUUCCGGUGCUAAAUCAAGUGGAAUCGCAUCCAUUCCUAAGUAAUGAAAAACUGUUUCAGUUCUGUAAACAACGGAAUAUAGCGAUGACUUCAUACUCUCCGCUCGCCAGAGUUGGCAAUGGUAUAGAUGUGUCUCCGUUAGAGGAUCCGGUCAUUAAAAAGUUGGCCAAAAAAUAUAAAGUAUGCGAAGGGGCUGUAUGUAUACGAUGGCAGACCCAGAGGGGACUGAGUGUCAUCCCAAAGAGUGCCACAAAAGAGCGAAUUCAGUCGAAUAUAAAUGUAUUUCACUUCACGUUAACUGACGAUGAAAUCAAUGAAAUUAUGGCUUUAAAUAAAAAUCUGCGGACUUCUAAACAUAAUAGACAUGGAUCUGAUAAGACUAAGAAUAAUCCUUUCCUUAUAGAGUUCUAA